AAUAUCGGCAGAGAAUAUAGAAAGAACGACAUCGCUACAAAAACUAUAUGCAUGUUGUCAUAGCCGAGCCGUGAUUCUACGUUUGUAAAGAGACAGUAGUGGCUUGUUAUUUAUUUCUUCGAAGUAGCUGUUUUGUUACAAAGAUUAGUCAAGAUGUUCCUAACCCGCUCAGAAUACGAUCGUGGUGUGAAUACAUUUUCACCUGAAGGCAGAUUGUUCCAAGUUGAGUAUGCCAUUGAGGCAAUUAAACUUGGGUGGACUGCUAUUGGAAUCUGCACUUCUGAAGGUGUAGUUUUAGCAGUAGAGAAACGUACUACAUCUUUUCUGAUGGAGCCGACAAUGGUGGAAAAAAUUGUUGAAAUUGAUAAGCAUAUUGGUUGUGUGUCAUCUGGUCUGAUGGCAGAUUCAAGAACAAUGAUUGAUAGAGCAAGAGUAGAGUGUCAGAAUCAUUGGUUUACUUAUAAUGAGAAAAUGACUGUGGAAUCUGCAACUCAAGCUGUAUCAAACUUGGCCAUUCAGUUUGGAGACAGCGAUGAUGAUGGCAGCGCGAUGUCCAGACCAUUUGGGGUUGCUCUCUUGUUUGCUGGCAUUGAUGAGAAAGGACCUCAAUUAUUCCACAUGGAUCCUUCAGGAACUUUUGUACAGUAUGAUGCUAAGGCUAUUGGAUCUGGAAGUGAAGGUGCGCAACAGUCACUUCAAGAAGUUUAUCACAAGUCGAUGACACUGAAAGAAGCAACAAAGGCUGCAUUGAAAAUUCUAAAGCAAGUAAUGGAGGAGAAGCUCAAUGACACAAAUAUUGAAGUGAUGUCAAUGACUCCGGAGACAAAAUUCCACAUGUUUACAAAAGAAGAAUUACAGGAGGUGAUCGAAAGUCUACCAAGUUCUGAAGAUUCUUUAAGGUCUAGAUCAAACAUUUCGGGCUCAUCUAACAAGACAUUAGUAUCCGCCGAAAGUUGAACAGCUCCUAGUCUCCUUCAGCACCUUACGAACCAUAAGUUAUUUCAUUCAUGACUUAUAUUUUCAACUAUCAUUUUUUAUCAUUAUCAAAAAAUACAUACGUUUUAAUAAAUUCAAAAAUAGCCGUACAUGAAAAAGCGCGUUUCAAUUGAUAUUUAUACUUUUAAUAAACUAUACUC